AUGUCAGUUGAUGUGCGUUAUCUAGCAUUCGGAGGAAUAACAGCGAUCCUCCUUUUCGGAACGCUCUACUCCGUCGCAUACGAUACUUAUCUGGACACCUCCAAUCCAGUUCUCACACAACUCCCUCACCAUCUACAUGCAACGCACUACUUUGCAAAUAAAGCCAACUUCCUAAACUUAUAUUUCAUCAAACGCGCAUGGGGCUGGACUUCUGCCGCCUUCCUCACCCUCUGGCUCACCAGCCCACCGCACAAGCGGACAGUGCAUAGAGUAGUCAAGUGGGGAGUAGAAACAACCGUAUGGCUCGUGUUCACAGGCUGGUUCUUCGGACCUGCCCUCCUCGAAAGGCUCACAGCAGCUUCGGGGGGCGAGUGCACGGUCACCCUCCAGUCCGGCACCGUGUUCACCGUCCCGUAUGAAUACUGUUUCACGCGGACGGCCAUAUCACGAGAAACGCAUCCGUCCUUGUUUGUUGGAUCGUUUGCCGAGUCGUCGUUGGGGAUGCUGGAUGAUAGGUUGCAGGUGCUCCCACGCCUAAGGAAGGGACAUGACGUUUCGGGCCACGUCUUCCUCCUUACUAUGUCCGCUCUCUUCUUGGUGGACCAGAUCAGAGUCUCUCUGCGCGCCAGGACAUGGUCGCUUGCGCAUGCUUGUGCAGUCGCGUUCAAUAUCGUACUCGUCGCGAUCUGGUUGUUCGCAAUCUUCACUACCGGCGUGUACUUCCAUUCGCCAUUUGAAAAGUUCACUGGAUAUUUGUUGGGAGUCGCAGGUUACAUUGUGACUUUGUUGUAUUAG